GCCACUGACUACGCGAUUACGAGAACCCGAUCUUACACAAGCAGAGCGCCCAAUCAUGGCGGGAACGGGAGGAGCUGUUAGCAUCGCUAGCAUCAGACCCUGAAGACCUGGGCAAUGACUCCUUCAUUGUCAAUUGGCUAGACGUUGUCCGACAUUUUCCAUUCCUGCCCAUGCCAAGUUGAAAUCAUGAGCAUCAUCUGGAAGCACUUUCCCCUCCCUUCCCUUCGGCGUUUUCAUUCAUUCAAGGCUUAACUUCCCUUCAAAGCGACAUCAGCAACCCUGUGCUGAGGCUAUUUCGCACGGCAGUAGCGCCUCGUGCGCAUAGGCGAGCAAAUGCCUACUCAAACGCCCUUUACUCGCGACAACCCACACCAUUGACGGCCUCGGAUGCCCUGCCACAAGCACCUCAUUGACAAUGCUGAGUUACAAUGACCGAAUAUCACAAAUCAUUCACCCCUUCACAGCUUCGAUCUCUGGACGUUGUAGCCAGAACGUCAGCAUGUCUGUCCCUCACAGGUGCUUCGUUCACCAUCAUCAGCUUCGUUAGCUAUCCACCACUUCGAAAACCCGUCAAUCGACUAGCAUUCUCGAUAGCGAUAUCGAAUAUAUUCGGGUGUCUGGCGUACAGCUGGGGAAGGCACCCCAUCAAUGCCGGACGGAAUUCAGCAUGGUGCCAGACGCAAGGCAUGUUCAUUACCUGGUUUGUCAUGACUGAUCCAAUACUGGUCAUGGUUUUAGCGUUCAACGUUCUGCUCACAGUCCGAACCAAACGCAACGCUCAUGAGCUGAAAAAGAUCGACUUUUAUGGCAUCGGGUUUGCAUUUGUGGCUCCAUUCAUUCCAGCCUUGGUGUUUCUGUGCUGGAGACCGGAUGGACGGACAGUGUACGGAGAUGCAACUUUAUGGUGUUGGAUAGCGAAGGAAUCAAACAUCCUUCGACUGGUCGAGUUCUAUGUGCCUAUAUGGACCAUGAUAUUCAUCUCAAUCUUUCUGUUCGCCCUGAGCGGCAAACGGGUUCUCCGGGUUCGCAAGAAGCUCAAGAGCGCACAGUCGUCCCAACUCAAUUCAGCGGAUGAGGACCGUCCGACCAGCCCGACUCGCGAACGCCACUUCUCCACCUUCGCACGAUCAUUCAUGUCACGUACGACGACUAGUGACUCGGGUCCUUCGCCCAAUAUUGGUCAAAGCACGACAAAGGCGCAGCCAGAUCUGAAAGGUCUCGAACCACUUGGACCAAUCCACUCACAUGAGAAGCUCGAUACUUCCACCGUCGAGCCCCAGACGGCACCACAGUCUCCAAUAUUGAAUCGAGAGACCUCCAAACAGAGUCGGACGCGCAACAGGACUGCUUCCAGAUUCGACAAGAUCCAUUGGAAAUACGCCAAAUUUGCGUUUCUUUGCACUGUUGUAUUGUUCAUCACUUGGAUCCCGAUCAGUGUCAACCGUGUGUACAACAGCUUUAUCAACCCAAAUCACCAAAUAUACGGCCUAUAUCUUGCGUCGGCGGCAUGUAUACCCUUGCAUGGCUUUGGUAAUUUCAUCAUAUACACGACCACCAGCUGGACCGAGUGUCAUGAUUUCAUCACGGGCUGUGCUAGUCGGUCAACAUCGACGUCUUUCAUCAAGACUCGGAGUUCGAGGUGGGGAUCGAGCUUGCAAUUCCGAGAGCCCAACUACGGUCACAAGGCUCACGCAUGGUCAAACCGGAUCAGGAUAUUGGGUUUCGGUGGAAAACAUCUCGAAGGAAGGCAAAGUGCCCCAGCUCCUGUUUAGCAUUCGCAUCAACAUUAGUUCACGGCGCGUAGCAAGGCCUGUUCCCACAGUGGCACCAUAUCUCAUAUUUCAAGAACAGUGAUAAUGUUGCGAGAUAUAUGACUA